AUGCCACCCGUCACGACAUCCGACAAUCCGGAGGAGCUUGCGAGGUUGAUGACCGCGGACCCAGGUCUUCCUCGCUCCAACCCCACACCAGCGUACUGGCAACACAUCCCACAUCCCCUGGCAAACGCUCGGUCAGAACGCUUCCACUCACGAAGAAAUUAUGCCAUCAUCGGGUCUGGUGUCACUGGUCUUUCGGUUGCAAAGACCGUGCUUGAGAAUCAUCCCACUGCGACCGUCUCGGUUCUGGAGGCGCGGUCGCUUUGUUCUGGGGCCACGGGUCGAAAUGGUGGCCAGAUGGCUGCGAAUGCCGGGGAGGAGUAUAUGCAUCUGGCCGAGGUAUUUGGGUCAGAGAUGGCUGGGAAAAUUGCCAAUUUUACGCUGAGAAACCUGAACGCGAUGCACGCUUUAGUUGAGGAAUUUGACGCCGUUGAGACGAGUGAGGUACAGCGGUUGAAGAAGUUGCGAGUCUUUAUGACGGAGGCCAAGUUCGAGGAUUUCAGGAGGAGUCUUGCUCGUCUAGAGGCAGAUCAUCCCACUUUAAAAGGAAUGUAUACUUUGGUGGACGCCAACACUUUACUCGAGGUAAAUGGAAGCUCUCUCUCCCUGAUAGUCCUGUGGCGACCCAUCUCAACACCAGCUAACAUCAUCCCAAUUGUUUCGUUUUCGCGCGUUGAGCAGACCUACAGCAUUCACGGAGCAUGCGGUGGCGCUUUACUAUCUGCUGGCACCGUGUGGCCAUAUCGCUUAGUGACCAAGGUGUUUGACACCCUGUUGAAGAGAUAUCCCGGUCGUUUCGCUAUCGAAACCCACACUCCUGUUCUCGCUGUUGAGGUUGACCACAUAUCCUCGUCCACCUCGCCUGCAGCCUGUUCAUACUCAGUGCACACCGCGCGUGGUUCAAUCACCGUUGAACAUGUCAUCUACUGCACAAAUGGAUACAGUGGCCAUCUUCUACCGGCCCUGCGAGGUCCCAUCUAUCCGUUCAAGGGGACCAUGACAGUACAGGAUGCGGGGACCUCGAUACGUAAUCAAGGGAAUUCCGUGGCGUGGGGGUUUCACUCCCCGCCAUCCUUCGAUCCGGUCACGAAACGCCAUGGAUAUGGGCUGUACUAUCUCGGCCAGAGCGCGAAAUCGGGCUACCUUUACUUUGGAGGCGAGAACAAGCGUAUCGACGACGCCGUCUCUGCGGAUGAUAGCUUUGUUGCAACUUCUUCAGUGGAACACCUGCAGUCCAGUUUACCUCGUUUCUUCGCAAAGACGGAAGAGGUAUCACCGCCAUGGAAGUUGGUCAGUUCGUGGAGUGGAAUCAUGGGCUUUACCUCCGAUGGACUGCCGAUGGUAGGGCAACUACCAUCCAGCUUGACCGGCCGCAAGGGAGGGGGAGAGUGGAUUGCUGCGGGUUUCAAUGGCUACGGAAUGGCGAAUUGCUUCUUGUGUAGAGAGGCAUUGGCACUGAUGAUGUUGGGGAAGCCAAGGCCCGAUUGGUUGCCCGAGGCUUAUCAAAUUAGCGAAGAGAGAGUUGCGGCACACUUCGUUUCAAAGGAGGCCACCCCUGCCACAGGCUCCAAGCUAUAA